AGCUAGACUUCCAUUGGCUCCUCUACGAAAGAGCACAAAAUUACUGUCUUUCUUUAUUCCCUACGAGCAGAAGUAUCACAUAGAACGAUAAUGGAAGCAGAAAGAAAGAAAUAUGGAGUUAGGGUUUUUAAUAAGGGAAGAGUCUAAUUCUCUCUAGAUGUGAUUAAUGUUGUAAAUCUGCCACGCAAUUAACCCUAUACAACCCCAAUGCUGUUUCUGAUUUAUAGGCUGUUAGCUUUCAAGAUUCGGACUCCUAUCACGCAGCAGAAUAUUUUAGUUGUUCAAAGCAAAUGAUUGAUUAGGCUACACACAGGUCGUGCCAAUUCAGCAUAAUUGGUUUCCUGUGGGCCAAGAAAAGGAGAGGGAUGAAAAAUUGAUCUUCUUGACUACUACUUGCAGUGUUUGUCACCGGUGCCGAAAAGGGAAAUACCCAAAAACAAACACACACAAAAGAAAUGUCUGGAGGAACCAUGUUUCUUUCAGUUCUUACAAUUCUCAUCUUCUUGCAGCUCUCUGACACCCCAUUUGCUGAACAGAAUCAGCGGUGUGCACCUUCUAGUUGUGGGCAUAUUAAGAACAUCAGCUACCCCUUUCGAUUGAAAAAUGAUCCAAAGCAUUGUGGCGACGAAAAGUAUGAAUUGAGCUGUGAAGGGAAUCGCCCCAUAUUCACGAUAUUUAUAGAAAAUUGGAAUGGGUCUCUGAACUACUAUGUGCAAGCCAUCAAUUAUGAUAACUCCACUAUCCGCCUUGUAGAUCCUGGUGAAAAUUCAAGGGAUGUUCGCUGUGUGGAUUACACCUGCAAGGUUUACAAUUUUAGAUUCUUCAAAACCUUAUGUGUUACUCAAAGACACGUUCUCCGCGUUCUUGCAAGCAUCAUCCCAUGGAUGCUUCCCAUAUUUGGGCUUAGCAUUGUGGCAAGAAUCAUACUAUUCCCAUGCAUAUUUGUGUUUCUAAUGAUUGAAUUACGAAGAAGGCAUAUGUCGAUCUUUGAUGCAAUUGAAAGUUUCCUGCAUAGUAGAAACAAUUUCAUGCCCAUUCGAUACCCCUAUUCCAACAUAAGGAAGAUGACUAGGAAUUUCAAAGAGAAACUAGGCCAAGGAGGUUAUGGUUCAGUAUAUAAAGGCAAACUUCAAAGUGGUCCUAAUGUUGCAGUGAAGAUCUUGACCAAGCCCAAAGCUGAUGGGCAAGACUUCAUCAAUGAGGUUGCCACAAUCGGGAGGAUUCAUCAUGUUAACGUGGUACAACUUAUUGGCUAUUGUGCUGAGAGAUCUAAACGUGCCCUCGUAUAUGACUUCAUGCCUAAUGGAUCACUUGACAAAUACAUCACAUCCCGAGAAGGAGGAACUCUACUGAGCUGGCAAAGAAAGUCUGAAAUCGCUCUUGGAGUUGCUCGAGGUAUUGAAUAUUUGCAUCGAGGUUGUGACAUACAAAUUCUACAUUUUGACAUCAAGCCGCAUAACAUACUCUUGGAUGAGAAUUUCGUUCCAAAAAUUUCUGACUUUGGUCUGGCCAAAUUAUAUCCAACUGAUAACAGCAUCGUUACUCUAACAGCAGCAAGGGGAACAAUCGGAUAUGUAGCUCCAGAACUGAUCAACAGAAGCAUUGGUCCGNGAAGCAUUGGUCCUAUAUCUUAUAAGGCAGAUGUUUAUAGCUUUGGAAUGUUACUGAUUGAGAUAGCAGGUAUGAAAGGAAACUCGGCAGCAAGAGAGGAUAUGUCAAGCCAGUAUUUCCCAUAUUGGAUAUAUGAUCAAUUCGACAAGGAAAAGGAAAUUGAAGUACUAGACGAGACACAUGAUGGUGAAAAGAAGAUUAUAAAGAAGUUGACUUUAGUUGCUUUGUGGUGCAUACAAAUGAUUCCGCUUGAUCGUCCCUCAAUGACUAAAGUAGUGGAAAUGCUUGAAGGUGAAUUACAGACUUUGCAAACGCCUCCUAGGCCUUCUGAAUCACUGCAGCCAUCUUCGUUGGAAUUCAAUCUGAGUUCUUCAAUAGGUUCAACUGAGUCUAUGAUGUUGCUCGGGAAUUGUUCUGAUUCUGCACAAGUAGAUGUAAUUAUUGGUUGACAUAUGAGUAUACCAGAAAUUGUAACAUUCACAUUAUGUAAUACUCGUGCACUCCCUUUCUGUAACUUUUUUUUUUUUUUUUUUUUUUUAU